AUGAGACCUGUGACGAUGAAUGUAAACAAACGUGCUGGAAAUAUGUCUGUGUUCUUCUCUUGCGAUGCGCUGGUGAGGGAAUUGGGCAUAUCAGAUAACAAGCAGCGUACUUUGUUAAGUUCUCAGGUGAAGUUAUACGGCGAGAUCACCGGUUGCGACGUUGGAAGCGCUGUGGUGAACGAGUUGUUGCAACAGUUGGAUGAGCUUGUUGAUCUACUGCACAAUGACAAGAACAGCCAGUUUCUGAAGCUGUUGUCGCAACCUGUUUGCUUGUCUAUGGGGAAGAACUAUGCCGCGCUGCUCACGCAGAAUAGAACGAGGUUGUUUGACACUACGAACAAGUUCAUCACAACGUUCACCGAUACAAAGAGGCCCACCGAGUUGAAGAACUUGUCGUGCGUCGUGUUGACGGCGAUCUAUGGGAGUUUUGGUAGAGAGGUUGUGUCAUUCAUCCCAGGGCUACUAGUGACGAUCUUGAAGUACUUGAAGAAGGAGAGCUUCGACGUCAAUCUGAGUGCACUCUGGUAUGCCAUAUUGAGAAACGGUGGCUCGCUGGAGAUGACGGACUCGGUCUUGAGCAAGUACCUGAAGCUGCUCAAGAUGACUGAGUCCAUAGAAUCGCUGAAACUGCUAUACGGCUGCUUUGGCCAAGCCGUUGGCUUUAAACAGAUUGAUGCGCUGACCUUUAGAACUACUUAUCACCCUUACAUUCAGUUGGCUUUUGAUUCACAUAAAGAUGUUCGCGUGCAACUGGCCAAGUCAUUAUCAGAGUACAUGGUGUUGCUGAAAUGGGACUUGACCACAUGUUUGGAAUUAUAUGUUGAGCUUUACCUUGAGAGUACCACGAAAGAACAGGAAACUGGAAUUGUCGAAUCAAUGGUGCAUUUGAUUUCGAUGCAAAUUGUUCGAGAUGCGGAUUUUGCUACCCACAAUACUCUUGUAAUAUUGAAUAACCUGGUGAAAAUUUUUGACCAUGAACGAUUCCAUGGAUUUACUCUGAAUCAUAAGUUCCGUAUUAUGAAUCAUUACACUCAACUGUUUACGACAAUUACACAAUUACUUGGUGAAUCUUCAUUGUGUUUAUUGUUGGAUUCCAUUAUUCCUAAAUUGGAUCAGGAUUUAAGCAUUUGGAAUACAGUGCUUCUUCUAAAAGUGUGUGCACAAUUCAUCUCGAGAGUUUCAAGUCUAUCUGAUGGACGUGUGGAGAGGUUUAGAAUUACAGUAUGGAAGUUGUGUCUCUCUCCUCAUUACGAAAUCCAAGUAAAUGGUGUCUUAGUGUUGAGGGAAAUCGCCUCAAAAUCACCCAACAUUAUAAAGGAGAUUUUGGAAACUUGUACAAAUGAGGUUAUAAAUAAUACAAAACAGCCCUUCUCAGAGAAAAUUGCCACCAACUCUUAUGGAAUGUCACUCAUCAUAUCAAAUCUCGUUGCAUUGGCUGAUUUAGACUAUGUUCCAAAAUCAGUGGUUGAACACAUAUGGACUUCCUGCAUUGGAGUUAUCAAAGAGAAUUUGAAACUCACAAAGUCAAACCAUCACACCCUUGCAGUGUGUUGGAUUUCGAUUGCUGGUGUAUUUACAUACCGCGAUGAAUCAUACCUUUCAACUCUUGUUGAUGAAUUCUUAACAAUAUUUGAAGCUUCUGAUAUGACCGGGACCAUCAAAGAACAGCCGCUUGAAACCUUAACUGUGAUCUCUCGUCAUUUAUCUGCAGUUGUUGCAUUCCUCAGAAGUGUUGAAACCACUGAUUCUAUUAGCAAGAUCAUGGUUGAAAGUAUAUCUCGCUUAAGAACAUUGGUUGCUGCUGUGAAGUUGGCUACGGAUGCAGGAGUUGUGGCCGACCUCGUUAUGAAGAGAUGUCAGCAGAUAUAUUUGCUGUGUAUUGAAUACGUCAAAAGAGAAAAUAGCUCAGUUUUAAUCCAAACAGUGGCUAAUUUUUCGUCUCUUCCAAAUUAUACUUCAACUGUUAAAAACGAAGUCAUUACACCUUGGACAAAAGAUGAUGGAUUCAGUAAUGGCCUAUCUUCAAAGUUUAGAGGGUUUGAAAUAGAUGAGUUGUUGAUCAAAUUUCCAAAUGUGAAGUACGAAGAGGUAACCGAUUGCUCAAUUGAUUUGAAGCCAAGACCAGUGGGAUCAAGUGAAUCAAGCCAUAUCAAGAGUUGGGUUGCUGAUAUAACAUGGAUAGACGAGAUCGAAUCAUCUUUGAAUGUUCCUGUGGAGUGCGCGCUCGAAUUAGACACACAGCAAACAAUAUUUGGUGAUUACUCAAUACACCAGCUGUAUUCUCCGCCUUCGAAGACAUGUGUUGUGGACUUGUCAAUGGAGUUCUUCUCUUUGACGUUUCCCUACUUGUCCACUAAAGUUCAACUUUCAGUCUUGGAAACUUUACGAUCUAAUAUGCUGUCGAAAAGCUGCAAUGAAUCUACACAAAUUACCCAGGCUAUAAACUUCUCGAUCGUUAUUCAUGGAUUGUUGACUCUAACUCACAAAAAUCAGAUCCCACUAGAUAGCCAAGUUGGCAUUCUGCUUCUUGAAACUUUAAGACAUAUUUGUGCCAUUCACCCGGAGAGGUAUUUACUUACACUGAACUCCGAAUCUAUCGGAAUUCUGAUAUCCUGUACCGACUUGAAAGAGCAGAUUCCUAUCUUUUUAAAGAGAAUAGUUGAUGAUCAACAGGCACACUCAAGGGCAUUCAACGCGCUAAUCCUCAGUAACAUUUAUCGGUACAAUGCCUCUCAUUUUGGUAACAUUCUGGAAAUGUUGCUGAAACUUGUCAAAGAUGGCCAUCCCGUGGUGCAUGCCUGGAGUAUGGAUUCAUUGGCCACAAUUAUUGGAAGACAUUUGACAAUGAAUAUCGAAAAGGCAACUGAAACUAUUCAGAUUCUUGGAGACUGUUAUCUCAGUGAUUGUUUUGGUAAAUUGUCUCCUGUCUCUAACCUGAACUGUGAUAACGAUUCCAAUGCUGUUAUAAUGAGGGUCUUAAGAGCUAUCAUCAACAGUCUGGGCCCUUCAAUAAAAGAUCUCGAAUCGAAGACUAAACAAAUUGUCAAGAAUCUCAUAUUUAGUGGUAUAUGGCUUUCAAAUAACACACAUGAACGCCUUGAAGCAAUCAAGAUGAUUCAAGAGCUUAUCAUUUAUGACCAUGAACACUUUACCACUGAAAAUGUUGUUGGCAUUUUGUGCUACAUUAUUGAAGGAAAUAUCGGUAAGUCUAUUGGGUCUGAGUUGAUGUUCACUAUUUUUGAGGAAAAAAACGAAGUGUUUCCUAUGACGUCUAGUUUUAAGACUUUGGAAGUAUCUUUGGACUUUUUAUCUCAGUUAGUCAAGAUGUCAGAGAACAAGGCAUUUUUUGCAAAGAUUGAACCAUUGAUUUGGAUAUGUUUGGAGAGGCUUCCUGACUCCAAAAUCUUGAAAAAUAUGAUCAAAGAACGUAUUGAAGAAACAUACGAUGUUGUUUGGUUUGUCAAACUACAAAAACUAUACAGCGUUUCCAAACAGGAGUUAUACAAAUACAUCAGCAACAGCAAUAACAAAAUCCUGGAUAAAUACAAACACGUUAAAACUGAGGUCAAUGUCAAGGAUGAAGAGGCGCAAUCCAUCGCGAAUAAAUCUGAAGUAGAACAGAAGGGGGAACUGGUGGACUGGAGGUUCAAGGCUGAUAUUAUCGAGUUUUUGAGGCAACUUUUAGGUUAUACUACGAGAGACUCCAAGUUUUAUUCACAAAUUUCUUCUAGGGUCUCUGAGGUUGUCAAGAUAUCUUUUGCAGCUUCGACUUCUUCUGCAAUACCAUUGAGAUUGGCUGGUAUGAAGCUUCUCGGGGAAAUCAUUUCGAUAUAUGCACCUGCAAAGGAUCCCAUCUACCCUACUAUACCAUUAUUGGAACAGCAGCAGGCCCAAAUAACGUCAGCCCUGAUGCCUGCCUUUCAGGAGGGCUCCACGCCUCUGUUGGCAUGUGAGGCUAUCAAAGUUGCCGCAAUGUUUGUCGGAUCUGGUGUUGUCAAGGUGACAAAACUUGGAAGAAUUUUGAAAAUCCUGACCGGAGCCUUGACUGAUCUCCAUGGAGAUGAUGAGUUUAAACUCAGUGACGUCGUUGUUACUAGUGAAGUCGGUCAAAGGAGGGUUAAGUUGGCGAUCUUGAAUGCUUGGGCCGAGCUGGAAAUUCUCAGUAAGAAUGAAAACGAGGAUCUGGAAAAAUUAAUUCAAGAGCAUAUGCCUUUGCUUCUGCCACUGUGGAUUUCAACUUUGAAGGAAUUCUCUUUGAUGAGACAUGGGUCUUUUAUUAAAGGUGAGGACUAUCAAGCCUGUUGGGUGAACUUAGUUGACGUUAUUGGUUGUCUCACGGAAUCUGGAAAUAACCUGAUUGCAGACUUGUUGGGUAAUGAUGCACUGGGAUUUUAUUAUAUGCUCUAUGCACAUUGUAUUUAUGCCCUCCUGAGAAACGAAAAUCGACUCAGAAUAUUAUUGGCGCUGGUGAAGAUCCUAGAUUUCAAAGAAUUGAUUAAACUCAUCUACUAUGACGAUAUUAUCUACGAAAGUAUGGAAGUUUUUGAAAGACUUCUUGUCACAGGAGAAGAAGAGGAGCAACUUGUUGUCUUGGACAUUACGUCUAAGAUGUUCUUGAAUCACUUUGACGUUAACCAGGAAGAUGAUUUCACCGAAAAUGCCGAUAAACUGUUUGACAUCGUCCAAUCCAAUAUGACAACUGCCACCCGUUUCAUCUCCUCAGAUGCGGAUUCCAAAGAUGAUGGACUGAAUGCCACUGAGCUUCAGCUUGUUAAGAAAGGGCUGGGAUCUGUUGCUAAAAUGAUGUCAAAGUUCCCAGAAAUUAUCAAGCAAGAUCUCUAUGCUAGUUUGUUGUCUAUCAUUGCAAACAUCUACUCAUCUUCGAAGAGCUCUCAGUUGGUCCCACAAAUUCUCCCAAUAUUGAAGGAUGUGAUUCAUGAACUCAUUGACAUCAACGACAUAUCCACAGUUAAUAACUUCUACCGUACUGUGAAACCAAGCUUAGAUUCUCCGCUCAUAACAAUACUGACAAUGAGUGUUCUCCUGUCAAGCGCUCCAAAUCACCUGAGACUCUCACAAGAUGACGUUGAUCUCGUUGUUUUGAGUAUAUCUCAAGGCUUGUCAGAUCAAGACAGUGUUCCAUAUGCAACGCAAGCUGUGAGAUCCAUUCUUGCGUCCCAAAAUGCGAUAAACAGUGCCAUAGUUCGUGGUUUGAUAAAGCAAAUGGUGCUGAAAACGUUAGAGAUUGAUGAUCCUAGACUUUCUCUGGAGAUUCUAAUUCUUGUUGUGAAGCAAUAUCCAACACCACAGCUGUACACCGUUUUAAUAACACUCCUGUUGCAAACUCAUACAAAGCAUCCUCAUCUGAGCGAUUAUAUCCACAAGAGAAUGGUUUCCCUCAUUACAAUUUCUCCGGAUUCGUUCAAAGCUGUGGUUGGCAGCCUAGAUGCCACGCAUAAACACGACGUUGAAGUCCUUGUGAAGCUGGGAGAAAUCGACACAAGAGAAGAAGGAGAGCAUAUAAAACUAAAAGCAUUCGAAUAG